GAUGGCUGCGGAACCGGGCGGAGCUGGUUCGUGGCGUCCGGAGCCGGCUCACGGGCCCCAGACAUGGCCCGGGGUCUCAGCCCGCUAGGCCGGCCUCGCCUCAAUACGGUCGCCAUGCCCAAGAGAGGAAAGCGACUCAAAUUCCGGGAUGACCUUGAACCAUUGUCCUUUAAUCACUACUUCCAGAAAGACCUGGACGGGGCUGGAGGAGAGGAGUACCCCAUGGAUAUUUGGCUGUUGUUGGCUUCCUACAUCCGUCCUGAGGACAUUGUAAACUUCUCCCUGAUUUGUAAGAAUGCCUGGACUGUCACUUGUACUGCUGCCUUUUGGACCAGGUUGUACCGAAGGCACUACACGCUGGAUGCCUCUCUGCCUUUGCGCCUGCGACCAGAGUCAAUGGAGAAGCUGCGCUGUCUCCGGGCAUGUGUGAUCCGAUCUCUGUACCAUAUGUAUGAACCAUUUGCUGCUCGAAUCUCCAAGAAUCCAGCCAUUCCAGAAAGUACUCCCAGCACUCUAAAGAAUUCCAAAUGCUUACUUUUCUGGUGCAGAAAGAUUGUUGGGAAUAGACAAGAACCAAUGUGGGAGUUCAACUUCAAAUUUAAAAAACAGCCCCCUAGGUUAAAGAGCAAGUGUGUGGGACGACUGCAGCCCCCCAUUCAGUAUGAAGAUGUUCACACCAACCCAGACCAGGACUGCUGCCUGCUGCAGGUUACCACCCUCAACUUCAUCUUUAUUCCAAUUGUCAUGGGAAUGAUAUUUACUCUGUUCACUAUUAAUGUGAGUACAGACAUGCGACAUCAUCGAGUGAGACUGGUGUUCCAAGAUUCUCCUGUCCGUGGUGGGCGGAAUCUGCGUAAUGAACAGGGUGUGCAAGUCAUUCUGGACCCAGUGCACAGUGUUCGGCUCUUUGACUGGUGGCAUCCACAGUAUCCAUUCUCCCUGCGGGCAUAGUUAUUGCUUACCAUCCCUUGGGGCACCUCUGAGCCUGGUCCAUUAGUAAUGAGAUCCCGUUUGGAAGGGGCAGCUGGGUUGUAUAUCUGAUUAGUGAUGCAUGGGCUCUAUGGGUUCCUUGGGUUCCUAUUACAGGCAGGAGAAGGGUUGAAUCACGAAGAAAGACAACUAUGAUUUAUAAACAUUUUCAUGUAAAAUUUGCAUUUGAAAGGAGAAACCUGGCCUGUUUUUUUUGUGUGUGUUAAAACCCCAUUUGGUGCUAUUGAGUUUGUUCUUUAUUCUUUUAUUCCAGUGAAAAUGAAUGAUCAAGCUCUAGGGAAAAAUUAGCUCUGAAAUCUUCAAGAAAGGAAGAUUUCCUUAGGAUUAGAGGAACCCAGCAUCCUAAAAUUGUUAUAUUGCUUCAGUGUAGCUGCUCCUCACAUUCAAGUGAAUAUUUUCUCCCUUACCUUUCUUCAGUUCAAAUAAAGCAGGUGACAGGGUUUUCAGAAUCUUA